CGUGGUACAUUAAACCCUAGAGAGAUGGCAAAGAACAAGGACGACAUAAAGUAUGCAACCGCUCAAACUAAGCAAUCUGAAGACGAGGCGAUACGAGUGAGAUACAAACAUGGGACACCUUUGGAAGGAGGGAAGAUCGCAGAGUCUGAGCCUGUAGAGCUGUUUGCAAGCGCUCAAGGUGUCGAAAAGGGAAAGGAUCAGGCAGCGUCUGAAAUCACUGGAGAUCAGACACAGAUGCACCGUGACAAAGCGAAAGACGUUCCCGGAACAAGAACAGAUGAUAGUCUUCGUUAAGCUUCAGCUCUAUAUAUGCAUACUUUGUAUGUUACUUUUCUAAAAUAAAGUACGCUUUGUUCAUUCA